GCGGGACAUGUCUGUAUUUUGUGUGGUUUAUUUUGUUUCGGUGUUGGCGAAACUUAUUAUAGCUACUCCGCUAGUAACACCUGUGUCUAUGCUAUGGCUAGUAAACAAAUACAGAAAUAUGUGUGACGUGUGGAUGUAGUACUGCUCUAACAUUGCAAUGUAUUUGUGUGUUGAAAAGGGUGUUUUUUCCAUUUUGACUUUACUAUGUUGUGUUACAUCGCUGCGGGCGGACGGGGACUACGACGGGUUUAUGACGGUCGGCCUGUACCACGCGCUGGACGCCUCCCCCGAGGGGGAGUUCGCCGAGCGCGGGAGGGUCACCGUGCAGAGCCUGCACGGCGAAGCCAGCGUGCUGCAGCAGGGCACGCUCUCGCUCCCGGACAGGCACAGGCUCAAGGACCUUGCCAAGCAGGAUGGGAUAUACCGGCUUAAAGCAGUAGUCAAAACAGUUGAUGGCAAAGAGACACCAUUUCUUACGUUCGUAAAGGCUUGUUCUCUCGUAGAGUCUCGUCUGUCCGACACUGUGACGCUGUCACUGGACCAUUCAGGCACAGUUAUAGCAGUGACGAUGUCGACUAACGCACUGUGCCAGGGAUCGUACGUGGAUUUGGAAGACAUAAGGCAGUUCAACACGUCGGUUGCUUUCAAACAUACGGAGCAAGGACCCGUGCCAGACACUGCCACUUACAUACAGAAAAUGGAAAGGGAAAGAGAAGCUCGCGAGCGAGGUGAAACUAAGGACAAUCGCUCUUUCCUAGCUAAAUAUUGGAUGUACAUAGUUCCUGUGCUCAUCUUUGUGCUGCUGUCGGGAGCCGUGAACCCGGAGGGGGCAGCCGGUGGUGGUGGCGGGGGUGGCGGCGGUGGCGGGGGGAGGUAGACCCUCUGCUCCUGCCCUUCUCCCUCCCUGACCCGGGGUCUGCGCACUGCACUAACACUCGCGUGCUUUGGGACUGGCGUCGGAGGCACUGUCGAGACGAGUGUACCUCUUUGCCUCAGAUCUCUCUGUGUUUCCAUUUCCUCUAAGUGGUUGAUAAGGUAGUGUGCUGGUGACUGUGUCUGAAAUAUUUAAAGUAUUUUGAUUUUUAGUGUAUGUACAUAUUUAUGUGUGAAGCUAUAAAUGUUAAAAUAUAAAACCUUAAUGGUGAUAUACAAAUAAAGUACUUUUUGUUUAAAAAGUUCAAGCAUUGCUCAAAA